AUGGCAUACCAUAGCGAGACCAACGGCGUUACAACCAGCGCGACCAAGAGCACGCCCAAUGGAACCAGCAACAGCGCUGGUGUCACGUCUGACGGGGUCCCUGAACCAACUGCCCAUGCCGGCGACUCCCAAAGUCUGAAAGAUGCGAGCACAGUACUGAACCCUCUGCCAGCAUACACACCCAGAAAGCUCCGUGUCGUCACGAUUGGUGCUGGCUAUUCGGGUCUCACGCUGGCCCACAAGUUCCAGCACCAACACCCCGACCUCGCCGAUAUGAUCGACCACACGAUCUACGAAGCGAGGUCCGAGCUGGGCGGCACUUGGCUGGUAAACACCUACCCGGGCGUUGUCUGCGAUGUUCCGUCGCACAUCUAUGCAUUUCCGUUUGACCCCAACCCGAGCUGGACUCGGUUCUUCUCCACCGGACCUGAAAUCUGGGAAUACAUGAAGAAGACGGCUAAGAAAUGGAAUCUCGAGCGGGACGUCAAGUACAACCAUCGCGUCACGGGUGCGUAUUGGCAAGAAGAUCGCGGUCAGUGGCGGGUGAUGGUCGAGCAUAACGGCGCUGUUGUAGAGGACUAUGCGGACAUCUUAAUAUCAGCGCAAGGUUUCCUGAACAACUGGAAGUGGCCGUCGAUUCCUGGACUGUCGCAAUUUACAGGUAAGAAGGUCCAUUCGGCCAACUGGGACCACGAAUACGACUACAGCAACAAAAGAAUUGCCGUGAUCGGCAACGGUUCAUCUGGAAUACAGAUCCUACCCCAAUUGGCCAAACUGCCUGGCACGAAGGUGACGAGUUUCCAACGCGGGCCUACAUGGGUGGUCAGCACCAUGAACCCGGCUUCCCUGCUGGGUAAGGACGACCCGGCAUAUAACCCGGCGUACACCGAGGAAGAGAAGCAAGAGUUCCUGAACAACCCCAAGAAACACCAUGAAUAUCGCAAAAAGAUAAUACACAACAUCAACGACAGUUUCAAAAUGUUUUUGAAAGGUUCGGAGCUCAAUCGGCAGAUCUAUGAGCUGGCUCGUACACAGAUGACGAGCAAAUUACAAAACGACCCGAGACUAUGCGAGUUACUGAUCCCGAAGUGGGAGCUGGGCUGUCGGAGGAUCACACCCGGCGAAGGCUAUCUCGAAUGCUUCUUGCGCGACAACGUCGAGCUCACUCAAAGCCCCAUCACGCACAUCGAUGCCGACAGCGUCGUCACCGCCGACGGGAAGACGUACAAAGUGGAUGUUGUUGUCUGUGCCACGGGAUUCGACGUCUCCUACCGUCCUCAGUAUCCCAUCGUUGGUCGCGACUCGGUGAAUCUCGCAGACAAAUGGGCCGAGGAGCCUUCGUCCUACCUCUCACUCGCGUCGGCCGACAUGCCCAACUACUUCAUGUUCACGGGGCCGAACGCACUGAUCGGCCACGGCUCUCUGAUGGAGAGUCUCGGCUGGAGUGCCGAGUACAUGAUCAAGUGGAUGCGGAAGAUCGCCUCGGAGGACAUCAAAGCCGUCGUGCCCAAGCAGAGCGCCGUGGACGAGUUUAUUCUCUAUUCAGACCAGAUCCACAAGACGCUGACCUGGACCGGGGCCUGUCGGAGCUGGUACAAGAACAACACCGUCGACGGCCGCGUGACGGCCACCUUUGCCGGCAGCGCGUUGGUCUUCAAGCGGCUCAUCCAAGACCUGCGGCCCGAAGACUUUGAGAUUGUGACUAGAGACAAGAACCGCUUUCGAUUCUUGGGCAACGGGUUCUUGGAGUAUGAGUUGCAAAGUGGAAACGACCUGGCUUGGUACGUAGAAAGGUAG